AUGGCCACCUUCUUUUCACUAUCGCUCAUCCUCCUCCUUUCCCUCACCGCCGGCCACCUCCUCCGCUGCGGAGACGCCGCCGACGCGAUCGACGGCGUCUGCGCCAAAACCAAGCAACCGCCUCGCUGCGUAAAUCUAUUGAAAUCCUCGGAUACACGCGGCGCGACGGCGAAUUUGGCUGUGCUGGCGCAGAUCGCUAUCGACGCGGCGACGGACUCCGCCGGAGGAGUGAAAAUCAAGGUUCAUAAUCUCUUCUUAUCGGCGACGAAUCAGAAUUUGAAGAGCAUUUAUGGAAACUGCCAGAAUCUGUAUGCUAAUGGUUUGGAUGAGCUCUACAUCGCGCCGGAGUAUCUGCAGAAGCGCAAUUACGGGAAGCUCGCAGCGGCGGCCGGAGUUGUUGGCGGUGGUGUUAGAGGCUGUGCGGCGGCCGUGGCGAAGGAUGCUGGGUUGAAGCAGGGGAAUGAUGAUACUGCGGUUUUGGCCGAAGCCAUUGCUGUUAUAGCUAAACUUCUAGUAUAA